UUGUAAUGAUAUUCAUACUCAGUUUCUAAGAUUUCGACAAUGUCUGAUUCUGUUUCAGCACUUGAAUCUCGCAAUUAGUUUAAAAGUGUUGUUUCAACGCCAGUAAUCAGCAGAUAAAUUUUGCUUACUAUCAAAUGGAUGACUGUGAUGUGUGGUCACUAAAAAAGCCUCCUCCUGAAAUCUUUACGAAUCAAUCAUCCCCAGAAAGUUUGUGAGCUGCGAAUUUUUAGAGGGGAUCUCUGUCGCUAGUAGGCGAGAGAUGCCCAAGUUCCCUGCAUUCUGAAGUUCAAUGGUCCCGCAGAGAAAAGACAGUUUAACUAGAAGAACUUUAAUCCGACGGAAUUCGAUGCCGCCCUUUAAGAAAAGAAGUUAAGACAUAAUGUUUAACGGGGAUUCCAGCAGCCCAUAGCGUUAUUUCCGAUGUUAGUUUUCUGACCACGGAGGGAAGGAAUCUUCAGCCGCUUAAACGUCCGCAAGUCUUGGGAUUCUUCUAACCCAGAACUGCUCUUCUCAUCUGUGAAUACCGAUCGUCACCGGUACAAAAUAUGCUGAAGCAUUGUGGCAGGGUGAUACUGGGUGUGGUAGGGGCGGCUGUCGUCAUGACGUUAAUAGCCGUCCCUACGGUGAUCUAUUUAAACGACAAAGGAGGUGCUGCCUGGAAGACCUUCACACUUGGUGACUACUUCAAUGACACAAUUAGGUAUAGGUCAUAUAAUCUGCGAUGGAUAUCAGACUACGAAUACCUUCAUAAAACAAGAGAAGGCGCCGUGAUCCUUCACAAUGUUGAAACAAGGAACACCUCUGAAUUUUUGACCAAAAAUACAUUUGCUCAAGUGGAUGCCUCUGACUACUUAUUGUCGGGCGAUCGGAAAUAUGUGUGCUUCGAGAGCAAUUACUCGAAGAUAUGGAGGCAUUCAUACACUGCUUCGUACUCUAUCUAUGACGUUGAAAGCGCGAGUUUCAUUACACCAUCACACAUCCCACAAACAGUACAUUAUUUAUCAUGGGGUCCAACUGGAAACAAACUGGCCUUUGUUUGGAAUUAUAAUGUUUAUUUGAAACUGAAUGCCACUGCAGAAGCUAUCCAAGUAACGACAAAUGGAAAAGAGAAUCAGAUCCUCAAUGGCAUGCCUGACUGGGUCUAUGAGGAGGAAAUGUUUGCAUCAAAUGAAGCUAUUUGGUGGUCACCAAGUGGAAAGUUUUUGGCUUACAUUCAGAUUAAUGACACAUUGGUCCACACAAUUGAAUAUUCCUGGUAUGGAUCAGGACAAUACCCCAAAACUGUCACUGUUCCAUAUCCUAAGGCUGGCUCAACAAUUCCUGUAGCAAAGCUGUUUGUUGUUGAUACAGAAAACACAUCGAUGAUCACAGAGAUUGUAGUUCCAACAUCAGUAGGGGAAAGUGACCACUACCUGUGUACAGUGAUCUGGGUUACAGAUGAACGUGUCGCGGUUCAGUGGCAGAAGAGGAAGCAGAACCACGUUCUCUUACAGAUCUAUGAUUUCGAUGGACACCAGUGGAAUGAGAUCACAAGCCAUGAGGAGAAGAGUGAAACAGGUUGGGUCGGACACUAUUCACCACUAUAUCCUUUCUUUGCUGCAGACAAGAUGAGUUUUUACAAAGUAAUGAGUGACUCAAACGGAUAUAAGCACAUCCAUUAUGUGAAAGAUGGUGUAGCGACGCCCAUCACCUCGGGAUCAUGGGAGGUGAUCUACAUUUCCAAGCUGACACCUGAUGCCAUAUACUAUGUAAGCAAUGAGUACCAUCAGCAUCCUGGACAGAGAAACCUCUACAAGAUCAGGAUUCUACAGGGAGGAAGCCAUUCCUCUCAGCUGUGCCUCACCUGUAACCUGCACGGAGACAGGUGUCAGUACAGCUCAGCCUAUUUCAGCAGAAACGCCAGCUACUUCCGAAUGGACUGCUAUGGGCCUGGAUUUCCUUUGUACACACUUAGGGACAAUAGAGGCUCUGGCUCAGAGAUCCAGAUUCUUGAGGACAACCAAAAGCUGCAAAACAUUCUGGCAGAAUUCCACAUGCCAACUAUGCGUCGUGGCACCAUCAAGCUGGAGGGACUUGACCUCUGGUAUCAGAUGAUGUUACCUCCUCAGUUUGAUGAAUCAAAAAAAUACCCACUUCUAAUUGACGUAUAUGCCGGGCCCUGUAGCCAAAAGGUGGAUUAUCGCUUCAGGCUGAACUGGGCCACAUACCUCGCCAGCACAGAGAAGGUUAUUGUCGCCAGCUUGGAUGGAAGGGGAAGUGGUUACCAAGGUGAUAAGAUAAUGCACGCACUCUAUCGACGCCUGGGAACAUAUGAGGUGGAAGAUCAGAUAUCAGCUGUAAGAAAAUUCAUCGACAUGGGCUUUGUUGACAAGAAAAGAAUAGCUAUUUGGGGUUGGUCCUAUGGCGGUUAUGUUACAUCCAUGGCCCUGGGUGCCGGGACUGGACUUUUCAAGUGUGGAAUAGCAGUUGCCCCUGUAGCUAAGUGGGAAUAUUAUGAUGCUGUCUACACUGAACGCUAUAUGGGCAAACCUGUGGAUAAUGCAGAAUCAUACAUUAAUUCCACUGUUACUAGUAGAGCCAAGAAUUUCAGAUCUGUGGAAUAUCUUCUGGUUCAUGGAACAGCAGAUGAUAAUGUCCAUUUCCAGCAAGCUGCACAGAUUUCCAAAGCUCUUGUUGAAGAGCAAGUGGACUUUGAAGCAAUGUGGUACGCAGACAAGGACCAUGGCCUGGGGGGGGCAGCCUUCCACCAUGUCUUUACCCACAUGAGCCACUUCCUCCAGAAGUGCUUCGCCAAAACUGAAUAGAACCGCAUCCAGACCACCCCUGAAAUCCACUGCCAUCCUGAUCAAUCGAUGCUCUUC